UGCUCUGGAAAUCACAACAAAUCAGUCGCAGCCAUUCAGCUUCGAGGUUUUACUGAAAAACACUGGAAUUAAUCAAUCAGGUUUUGACCCGUCUGUGUUUUUCUGGGAAGCUGUCAGCGGCAGCCACAUCUCCUGAGGCUCUGUUUGAUCUGUGCUGGAUUACGGGCAGCCUGUGUGAAUGAGGAAACCUGGAGAGGAAUAAUGGCAGCGAAUCUGAGUAAGAACGGUCGGGAACUUAUGGCCGCUUAUAAAGAAGUGGUGGACGGGAAGUCAGAUACAAACUGGGCUCUGUUUACUUACGAAGGCAACAGUAACGACAUUCGUCUGGCAGAAAAAGGAGAUGGUGGAUUAGAGCAGAUGGUGGAGGAGCUGAGCAGCGGGAAGGUGAUGUACGCUUUCUGUCGCGUCCAGGACCCGAACUCUGGUCUGCCCAAAUAUGUCCUCAUAAACUGGACAGGUGAAGGUGUGAAGGACUCUCGAAAAGGUUUAUAUGCCAACCAUGUGAGCUCGAUGGCCAACUUCCUGAAGGGAGCCCAUGUGACUGUAAAUGCUCGGGGAGAGGACGACGUGGAACCAGACACCAUCUUGGAGAAAGUGGCCAAAGCGUCUGGAGCCAACUUUAAUUUCCACAAACAAACUCAGGAAUACAGAGACGCACCCCGAGGACCCGUGAACCAGCAGGAAAACGGAAACAAGAAGACGGGAAUCAACUUCGCAGCAUCAGUGCAGAAAGCGAAUGAGGCCAAAUCACUGAUUUCUCAGCGAUCGUUCAAUCCCAGAGACGUAUUUAAACAGAGGGAGCAGAGCUUCGAGGCCAGCGACAGAUCGUCUCCUGCUGCAUCCAGACCUGGGAAGCUCCAGAGUCCGUUUCUGUCUCAGAAAUCCUCUGAGAGGGAGAGCCCGGAGCAGCCUCAGUAUACUCCAGCUCCGGCUGUGGUCCCGGCCUCCUCCGUGAACCCCCUGUCUCCUGUCUCACCUGUCUCACCUGUGCUGUCUUACUCACCUGUUGCAGCUGUCUCCCCAGCACCACCAGAGACAGACCAGAGAGCAGGCUCACCUGUUCCAGCUGCAGACACCGUUUACACAGAAGAGGAGGAGUGGUCGGAUGAGUUUGAUGAUGAUGCAUAUGAAGCUCCUCCAGAACAAACUCCCGCUCGGGAUGAACUGUAUGAGCCAGCUGGGACGGAGGAAGACCUGUAUGAGAACGUUUACGAGCACACCUCCACAACUGAAGACCACCAGGAGUCCAGUGGACAGAAUAUCCAGGCCAAAGCUCUGUAUGACUACCAAGCUGAACCAUUAAACUGCUCCAUCCUCAAGCUCCUGUGA